AUGUGGGUCGUUCUCAGGUCAGUGCUUCAUUACCUAAGGCAAAUAGACGUCGCGUCGCAUCCUUUUUUAGAUGAGCUCAGGGGUACUCCUGAGAAGCACUGUUGGGCUCCAUCGGAAAUCCUGCAGCUCCUCAAAAUGCACUAUGGCUGGGUUUUAUGGGUACACAUUUCAUAUAACGCUGUCACAACCGGGAGAAUAUCUUUUGAAUAUUUCGAUACCAAUACCAAA